CGUCCACCUUCACCUCCAUCUCCACCUGUUACACGUCCACCUUCACCUCCAUCUCCACCUGUUACACGUCCACCUUCACCUCCUUCUCCACCUGUUACACGUCCACCUUCAACAUCAUAUCUACCUCCCAACAAAAAACCAUCAACCCAAAGCAAUACGUAUUUGCCACCUGAUACUACUCAAAGAACUACUACUCCGAGAAUUCCACCUACACCUACAGAUGAAAAUACUCCUUUCUAUCCAAGUACGCGACCUCCGCCAUACCUUCCACCUUCUACUCCAUCCACACCUCGCGUCACGGUGACACCACCGCCUCCGCCCACCCCAAUUUACACCCUUGUGCCAACAUCGACCAUCUACACUCCACCGCCAACUGGCAAACCCGCUCCGCCACCUACUGUACCACCAACCACGAAGAGGCCCAUUGGCUAUUUCUAUCCGGUACCGGAGAAUCCGUUCGAGUUGCCGCCGUUCGAUGACGAGAGGCGAUUUAGUUGAACUGACAAUUACAUACUACUGUUACUUUUUUUUUUUUUUAAUUUUUAUAUGUAUAGUAUACAAAGCUAUUUAUGGAUUCGCAUAGGAGACGAUACUGAAUCUGUAAUCGACAAUGGAAGAAAAACGAAAA